CACUGGUUAGCUGUGCAGCCAUCAUUUCUUCAUGGACUACCCGUGACUCCAACCGCCAAGUGAAACUUAAAGCCACGAGCGACAGUUUCGGAAAAUAUCCCGUCUUUCAGCUAGCUGCCUCGCAAAUAGAUUAUAAGAUGGAAGUAAAGAGUAUUGCUUUUUCUGCGGAUGUUCAUCUUCCUAAAUUGUUUGACAAACAUAAUUAUGCGGAAUGGGCGAUUCGGUUGCGAACCUAUUUGAAGAGUCGAGAUCUUUGGGAUGACAUUAUUAACGUUAACAAAAACGCAGCACCUCCUGGGCAAGAAGAUGAUGAAGAUGCUAUAAACGUUCCGAUAGGAAGGAAUUACAUGGCUUUAGAUGCGAUCCAGAUGUCAUGCGGGCCAGACGCAUUUGCCGAGAUUAGGACCUGUUGUUCGGCGCAUACUGCUUGGCAAACAUUGAAGAAGAAGUAUGAUACGGAACAAUACCAUCUUAAGAAAAAAAGAAGAAAGGAAAUUGAUAAUAGCUAUCUUCAGUAUGCGGACUUGUACAAGGCUGUGCUUCGUGGUAAUUUGCCCGCCACAAAGGAGUUUCUUGAUUCUCAACCAGAGGCAGUAAGAAAGGCAAUCACAGAUAAAGGCGAAACGGCUCUUCACAUUGCCGUUACUGCUGGACAUGCCCACAUAGUCAAGGAGUUGGUGGAUCAACAUCAUCAAGAUGAUCAAGAUGGUGAUGGUUGCAGAGCUCGAAUGACGAAAGAAGACUUGGGAAUUGAAGAUGGUGAUGGUUGCACAGCUCUAAUGAAGGCUCUUGAGUAUGGAAGAUCCGAACUGGCGCGCUAUUUGUAUACUCGCACUCCGUUGAAGGAUCUGAUGCCCGCAGAAAAAGAUAAAAAAGGAGCUAUGCUUCUUACCCGUGCAAUAUAUUCCAAAAAUUUGGAUCUUGCUUUAGAUUUACUCUGGAGUUACCCACGUUUGACAUAUGCUCUUGACGAUCACGGCGAGUCCCCGUUCUUAGCAUUGGCUUCUAUGCCUCACGCAUUUCCGAGGGAAAAUCAGCUCGGGUUUUUGAAACAAUGGAUCUACGAUCACUGUAUACAUAUUGAUCAAUCGGCUAGUUCCACCUAUGAAAUUCGUUUGAACAUUAACAGCUAUCUAGGUACAACGCAAUCAGUGCCAGCAAAAUCAAUUGUCAGCAACUUGUUGGGAAUCGAGCAAUUAUAUGACAUGAAGAAGAUCCAUAGCCAUUCCAAAGAACUUCUUUCCAGCAUGUGCGAGGUGAUACCAACAAUCUCCCAAACUCUACAACUUACAAGUGGUGGGGUUUAUGAUGCAAUCAAUCGUGCCGUUAAAAAUGGGAUUUUCGAGUUUGUUUCUGAAACAUUGAGCAAGGAUCCGAGAUUUUUAGAGAAGGAAGACACAAAUUCAAGAAACAUACUUAUGCUCGCUGUUCUAUAUCGACAUUCUAAGAUCUUUAGCCAUAUACAUGGGCUUGAUAAGAAUAAAGCUUUGACAUUUUAUAAAGAUCGCAAUGAUGAUAACGUGUUACAUAUGGCAGCGAUAGUAGAAGAUUCCACUAGGCUUGAUCGAAGCUCUGGUGCAGCUUUACAAAUGCAAAGAGAGUUACAAUGGUUUAAGGAGGUGGAGGAAAUUGUCAGUCUCAAUAUUAAAGAAGGUACUAACAAAGAUAAUUUAACUCCACGACAACUAUUUACAAAGAACCAUGAGGACAUGAUGGAAAAUGGAGAGAAAUGGAUGAAAGACACAGCAUCAUCAUGUACAGUGAUUGCAAUUCCUCUCAUUUGUUUGACUGGUGUUCCAGCAUUCAUCUUCGUAUGGAUUCAGUUCCCCAUUCUUAAAGAUAUGUUCAUGUCGACCCUUUUCCCACGCAUCUUGAAUAGGAAGAUGAAGCCUUGAGUUUAAGUAAUCCAUUGUGCAAUAUGUUGUUUUGCAAUAUAAACUUGGGAUCUCUUCGGUGGCUGGCAACGCAAGAGAUUGCAUGCUUCUAGGCUACAAGGAAGAAGGCUUCAAGUUUGUGCCGCUCAAAAGAAUAGAGAUUCAUAACUUUUUUCCUUAUCUCAGAAGUUUAGGGGCUUGAGAGAAAAUUGAAAGAUUUCUCAUUUGGUAGAAAUUUGUGUUUAGUGUGUUUUGUAUGACAUGGAUGUAUUGAGACUUUAGGUUUUAGCGUUUUUGUUAUAACUACUACUCUUUUAAUUUCAAUUUUUUGUUAGUAUAUUUCAUUAUUUCUUCCUGUU